UUAGGACUGUCCUAGCAGUAAUUACAAUUUAUAAAUUAAUGUAUUAUUUGAUAGUCUGCCAGUUUUAUACUUCAAAUAAGCUAUAGUGGCUCUCGUUGAAAGCCCGGUUCCGCAGUGAAUACACUCUUUCGUAUCAAGAAUUCCGUCAUGAACGUACGAAUAGCGGGUGUUUUCUUUCAACAGUUUCGGAGCUACAGUUACAAACCGGUGAAACGGGUCCCAUUGCCUCCGGCCAGCAAGCUGGAGGUACCGGAAUCAACCAGUACGAAAAAUUUCUCACUUAGAGAAGAGCUGAAAUCACGUAUCCUGGCGAGUGGCCCCAUUCCGGUUGCAUCCUAUAUGAGGCAAGUGCUGACUAAUCCCGCGGCCGGAUACUACAUGACCAGUGAGGAUGUGCUUGGCAGUAAGGGGGACUUUGUUACCUCUCCGGAGAUUGGACAGAUUUUUGGCGAAUUGGUCGGAGCGUGGUGUCUUAACGAGUGGUACAAAUUUGGAAGCCCUGUUCCGUAUCAGCUGGUUGAGCUGGGACCAGGUAAAGGAACAAUGAUGAGCGAUAUUUUAAGAGUUGUUGGCAAUCUGAAGGCGACGGGUGGUUUAUCUGUUCAUCUCGUGGAGAUAAGUGAACAUUUGAGUAAAGUUCAAGCCAGCCUCCUGUGCCGAGGCUGUACGGAUCAUAAAGACGAACCGUUCUAUCGAUCGGGUGUUACCAGUAGUGGAACAAAGGUGUACUGGUAUCGCCAUUUGGAGGAUGUUCCGCGAGUAUUUUCCAUCAUUUUGGCGCACGAGUUCUUUGACGCAUUACCAAUCCACAAAUUUCAAAAGGAAAGCGACGGCUGGAAGGAGGUUCUGGUUGACAUUGAUCCUAAUAGCAACGAUAAAUUUCGAUUUGUGGUAUCUAAAGCUGAAACACCGAUGCUGAGGUUGUUCCUUAACAGCCUUCCUGAGAUAGCAAACGGUCGAGAACAUGUCGAAAUUUCGUUCGAAUCCGAAGCACUGAUUCGACAGAUUGGAGAACGAUUCCACUCAAACGGUGGACUAGCGCUGAUUGUGGACUAUGGCCAUCUAGGUGAAAAGGGUGACACAUUCCGAGCGUUUAAACGUCACAAACUACACGAUCCAUUGGUCGAUCCGGGUUCUGCUGAUCUAACUGCGGAUGUGGAUUUUUCAAUUCUGAAUCAGUUUUGCGAACGGACGUCACAGGUCUUCACAAUUGGACCAACCAGUCAACGGUCGUUUCUGGAGAUGGCAGGUGCUAAGGAUCGGCUGGCGGUGUUACUCGAACGAGCCAAGAGUGAGGAGGAGAAACGUCGAUUGACUGAUGGAUUUCGGAUUUUGACUGAGGAGAAUCAGAUGGGGAGUAGGUUUAAGUUUUUCGGAUUGUAUCCGAAGGAACUGAGGGAGUCUUAUCUGGGGCUUAAAUAAUAAAUUUGUGUGAUAUUAGACUA